GUGUUGCAGACGCAACCUAAUGCUUGAUUGACUCUGGUAUUUUAGAUACCCAUCGUCGCUUUGAACAAUCCCUGCUUCGGCUACUACCUGGAGUUCAACAAUCUUACUUCCAGGAUACUCUGUAAUCUCGUUUCUAUUCAUCUUCACUGAUCAAGAUACAAUACCCCUCCCCCCCUUAACUUCGAGAUAUAUAUCUGUUUAUACUCCGUACUCUAUAGUUACACCCAACCAUAAUGGUCACUAAAACUAUAGCGAAUUGGACUUCCUCCCUGGCCUACUCCUCUCUACCACCAUCCACAACCCGGUCCGCCAUCCAAUCUUUCUACAACUGGACCGGCUGCACCGUUGGCGGCAACGCUCACCCCGCAACCACCAUCGCCCGCAACGCGCUAGCCCCGUUCUUCGGCGCUCCGACAUCGAUGCUUCUUGGUUCUCAUCAACACCAGAAAACAGAUGCGCAGCAUGCAGCCCUACUCAAUGGAAUCGCAUCACAUGUACAUGACUAUGAUGAUACGCACUUAGAAACAAUCAUACAUCCAACGGGCCCUGUCGCAGCGGCGCUUCUGGGUAUUACGGAGACGCUACAGAGGCCAGUCUCGGGGGAGGAGUUUAUCACUGCUUUAGUUACGGGCAUUGAAGUUGAGUGUAAAUGUGGACUGGCCGUGUGGCCGAGUCAUUACGAUUUUGGAUGGCACAUAACAAGCACCACCGGCUCCAUUGGCGCCGCUGUAGCUGUGUCUAAGCUCCUGGACCUGUCCCCCGACCAAAGUGCCCAUGCGAUUGGUAUCGCAGCAACACAAGUAAUAGGCCUUAGAGAGAUGUUCGGCUCACAUACCAAGUCCUUUCAUCCGGGCCGUGCAGCGCAAAAUGGCCUCAUGGCUGCUAUUCUUGCAUCGAACGGGUACACGAGUUCUUUGGAAGCACUCGAGGCGAAACGCGGGUGGGUGAAUGUCGUCAGCGACGACAACAAGCUCGAGGAUUUAGUGGCUAGUCUGGGGAAGGAGGGUGCUUGGGAGAUUGAGAAGAACAGCUUCAAGCCGUUUCCAUGUGGGAUUGUGAUUCAUCCUGUUAUUGAUGGGUGUAUUCAAUUGCAUGGUGUGAUUGACGACUGUGGGAAGAGAAAUGAGGAUAUCACAGAUGUUCAGCUCACAGUGCACCCGCUUGUCCUCGAGUUGACAGGGAAGACGAAACCCCGGGAUGGACUGGAGGCCAAGUUUAGCGUUUACCAUGGCGCAGCGAUUGGCUUACUCCUUGGUCAAGCCACACCGGGUCAGUAUGAAGAUGCCGUCGUGACAGAUGCCGAGGUUAUCAGCCUCAGGGACAAGAUUCAUGCCACAGCAGAUGAGAAGUGUCGUCCGGAUGAGUGUCACAUUGCGGUUAAUUUUGCUUCUGCUAGUGGGACGUCCGCGCCUAUUGAGAAACAUGUGGACCAUGCCGUUGGGAGUGUACAUUGUCCGAUGUCAGUCAGUCAGCUUACAGAGAAGUUCAUGAUACAGUGUGUGCCGGUUCUGGGCUUGGAAAGGACCCAGAAAGUCAGUGAGUGGUGUUGGGCUUUAGACAGACAUGAGGAUAUCCGUGGGAUAAAGGAGUUCUUCUAACUAUUGGGAUAAUUAACUGUCAUGAGUUACAAAUCGUAUGUUCCCUCUAAAGUCUCAUUGACGGUUACCUUUCCCUCGUCCUAUUUGUGGUUGUGUACCUUGUAUUACACGGGGAGAUUGAUUACCGUUGCACAAAAUGUCGU